AUGACAGCGACACAGCAGACAAACAGCAGCGGCCGCGUGGUGGUCAACACGUCUAACCUCAGCGAGCUGAAGACGACAUGCGACAACUCGCUGAAGGAGUUUCUCAAAAGCAAGGGCUACGACGAAAUGCACACGCACACCGACGUAAAGCUUAUCCUGGGCUACGUUGGAGUAAUCUUUUGUGCUAUCGACUUUGCGUACAGCUGGAAGUACCCCUUCAGCCAGACAAAGUGGUUCUCGUACAUUAGCGUGUCCAUCUAUGCGAUAACAUCGGGCCUGGCGCUUCUCUACUCGUACUUGGUGCAGCGCGACACGUUCUUUGUUGGGUAUAACAAGGCCAAGGGCCAUAUUGUGUCGGCGGGUUCAUCGACUAAGCGCAACGAGCCGGUGUACAGGCUGACGCUGACGACAAGGCCGAUUCGCGGCCGCCAGGAUCCGCCUGUGUUUAAUUCAAAGCCGCUCGAGGUUAGGCGCCCGUUCGCGACCUGGUUCUAUGAGGAUGGGGAAUUUGCCGGUGACAAGUUCCAGCAGGAGGCAGCCGUGGCGGUUGAGAAUCUUUUGAACAAGAAGGCUGAGUGA